CAACAACGACGCGAUUUACCGUUUUUAGCACUGGACCUCUGUGGAGCAUUGAUUUGCGUGUUUGCUCUGUGCUUUUGACUGUUAAAAUGUGUUUGUUUUGUAAUUAAACUAUAUUAGUUUAGUUUUUGAGCAACAAAUAUUAAUACUCGCAUCCAUUUGAAAACUAUCAAAGAAACCGCGAAUAUUCAGCUCUUGUGAAAGAAGUGAAAAGUGGCGAACCGAAAGGCGUGGGUUCUACCAAUACUAGAAAAUAGAAGCAAAGCAAGAGAUUAAGCGUGUCCUCCUGUAUGUACAUAUGUGUGCGUGUGCGCCUUUAAGAUUUUGGCUCAUAUGCCCAAUUUUGUUUUUGAUCCGAUUGCCGCUCAAUAAAUAUUAAGCAAACAGAAAAUUAAUCGCAAAUCGAAUUCAAAAAUGUGUGUUUAAUGUGAAUAAAAAUGAUAACGGUACACACACACGCACACAAACACUGCCAACAGCAAAUCUUCGCCGACAUCGCAGCCGCACCUACGUACAUACAUAUAUUGAGAUAGUGUGUGUGUGUAUAUAUUAUAGUGGGUGUUUAUAGAGGUGUACGUAGGCAGCAAAUGAAAUCAAAUAAAAUACAUGUAAUGAUUGGCAGCAUUUCAAGCGAUAAUUAAAUAAAGAAUUGUUUAAAUAAAUAAUCAAUUUGUAAAAGGCAAAUAUCAAUACACACGCAGAAUCAACCAACCAGCCAACCAACAUAUGUACGUAUGUACUCUCACACCUACAUACACACACACCACAAAAAAGGCAUAGAGAGCUAGAGUGAGAGCGAGAGAGAGAGAGAGAAAGCACGGUGCCAAAAAGGAACGUCAAAAGGAAGAAGCAGCAGCAGCAGCACACAGCAUCGGCGCGUUGCGGGAAGAUUGAAAAUAAACGUGUAGUAGAGAAUUUUUGAAGCACACUCCACACACACACAUACACAGUCAACCAACUAACCGCCCACUGCCGCCGUUCUCCCCAGCGAACAUACAUACAGACAAACACUCACGCACACGAAGACAUACAUACAAACACAGAGACUCGUAUGCGCGAAAAGAAGUGUAAGCCGUGCACAGUUGCUGGUGUUGUUGCUGCUGUUCCUGUUAGCCGCUGCUACUGCCGCAGCCGCUGCCGCCAAAGGACGACAGACGCGACGGCGACGGCGACGACAACGCCAACGACCACGACCACGUCGACAACGGCGCAGCAGAGGACGUGUUGUUGCUGCUGCUGUUGAACCCAACGCAAAUGGCAGACCCUCUGAGCGGGCCCUGCUUUUGAGACAUGUCGUAAUGGCCAGAGAGGAGUCUCGCAGCAAGCGACCACUAAAGAUUUGGGAUAGUUGGCGAAAUGUGCGCAAAGGCGUCGUAGUUGGUACAUUCGAGGAGCUAUUGGUGCGUGGGAAGGAUAAAUUGGGGGUUCCUGCCUCAGAACCCGUGCGCGUUGUUCUGGAGUGUGAUGGAACCCAAAUUGAGGAUGGCGAAUACUUUCGCACCCUGGCCAACAAUACGGUACUCUUGCUGUUGAGGCAGGGCGAACGAUGGUAUCCAACUGGCGUGGAUGUUAUAAAGGCUGCUAUAUCAGCUAUACCAAAAAUCGUCUGUGAGACGAUUCAUGCACUGGAACUGCACGAUGAGACGCCAUCUUGGAAGAUUAUGGAUAAUAAAGGGCGUGUCACGGUCGUACUGCACUGGGAUCAGCGCCAGGGUGGUGGAGGAGGUGGAGGUGGAGGUGGUGGCGGCGGAGGAGGUGGUGGUGGAGGCAUGUGCAUGGGCGCCGGCCUGGGCAGCAGCAACGGGUUGCUGUCGUCCGACAAAUACUCGCCCUCGAAGAAGGGCCUCUCUGCGCAAAGUUCGCUGGACAACAAGUCCGUGUCAUCACAAUCCUCACAGCAACGCUAUGCCAGCCCACAAAUAACGGUGAUCAGCGACGAGGGACCGGCUAGCAUUUACCAUCCGGGUGGCGUUGUCCUGCCGCCAGGCGUUGUGAUACCUGGCAGCGGCAGCAGUCGUCGGCUAUCCAAGCAGGGCGGCUCCUUCGAUAGUGCCGUCGGCGCUGUCCAUGUGCACACGCCAGAGUGUGCACAUCAUGCCCAUACGCCCAGCCGGGCGGGCAGCCCGAGCACCACGGAAUGUGAUUUCCACUGCUGUGCACUGCACGAGGAGGGACGAAAGAUAGCCGUGCACAAGAGCGUGGCCACGUCGCCCAUACAGGAUGGCAGCAGCAGUCCGCAGCCGCAGCUGCAGGCGGGGCAUCAGGCGACGCUGGCGAUGUCGUCAUCGGUUAUGGAUCCUAUGCUAGGCGGUAGCGGCAGCAUGCAGCGGCGCUCGUCGGGGGCCAAGGGUCAUGUACGAUUCCUGGAUAUUGCACCCGAACGCGACAGUUCGGAGAGUGAGACGGAGAACACGGUGAUGGAGGAUGAUAAGACGACGACAGAGAAAUUCCUGCUGUUGAUCGAUCAGCUGUCUGUUGACCAGAAGCGACAUCUUAGCAUCAAGGACAUCGGCAUCAUACUGGAGCGCCUCAACUCCAAGAUACUCGACGUGGAGCGUUUGGAUCGUGAAUCGGAAUCAGAUGAUUGCUACAACUGGACGAUAAAGGCGACAAUACGCGGCGAUGCGCUGCGCGAACUGGGCGUCAUCUACAAUGGCAACUACUAUGCCAUAUCCGAGCACCCUGGCUACAAGGAGGAGCUCGAGGAGAACGGCGAGGAGGUCGAGGAGGAGGACGAAGAGGAUAGAAUUUAAAAGCAACAAAAGAACAAAACCAAAACCAAAACCAAAAAACUUACAUAAAUUAACAUUAAAUUGCAAAUGGCAACAUGAAAAAAUGAAUGGUAUCAAUAAUAAGCGCAUUUUAGACAGGACACGCGCCACGCCCCCCGCAACCCACAACCCACACACUUUCACACUCAUAUAAAAGAAAACUUAAUAUGAAUUAUGAAAAAGAGAAAGUUAAGAGUAAAAGAAAAAGGCAACAGCACAUUGUACAAUAGUGAAGUAAGCAACAAAGUGAAUAACAAAUCCAAGCAACACACAAACAACAUUAACAUAAAGGAUAUAUAUGAAACAAAAAUGAGAUUAAGGAUCACAAAUUCCAGCAGCCAAUAGGAACGAAAAUGUUUUUUCGUAGCAUUUAGCGAAUUUGUCAUUUUGGCCGGGAAACAACUCCCAAAAAAGUUGUAAGCGAUAAGCGAUAAGCGAUAUAAAGCACAUAUAUGUAUAUGUAUAUAUAUAUAUAUAUCUAUAUAUACUAAAAACGUAUUUCUGUUAUUUAUUUUGUAUCAUUAUCAUUGACAUGAACAUUGCCAUUAUGAUUAUUAUAAUUAUUGUUGUUAUCGAUUGAUUUGUGUGCCAAACAGCCUAGCGCAUGCCUUAUUUAGUUGUAAAAAGAACAAGAAAUGUCCCCUAAAAUACAAACUAAUUUUUACCAAUUGCUAAACAAUGAAACAAUGGCUUGUGGGUACAGUGAAAGCUCUAUAGACGAACGGCAAAAAACAUAACUUUUUAUCUCAGUUCAAGUUUUAAACUUCUAGUUAAAAAUAUAGCACAAGUUAAUUAUUUAUUUAUUUAAAUUGACAUCUAUCAAGUUUAUUUAUAGACAAUGAUUGUCUUUGCAAUUUAUGUUAAAAACUUUCAUGAUGAAUACAAUGCAAUAAAAAGAAAAAGUAGAAUGUUAUAAAUAAUUUUAGUCUAUACUAUUAUAACAUUCUGUUUAUAAAUAUUCUCUUUUAUCCGCAACAUAUCUUAUCUGUGUCGUUCUAGAGAGUUUUCUGUCUUAACUAUAUAUAUAUAUAUAUAUAUAUAUACAGAGGUAUAUCUAUAUAAAUCUCUAACAAAGGCCAACUACAAUCAGCUCUUAGCGUGUCAAACUAUAUGCCAAUGUAUGUAUAUAUAUCACUAUAUAUACCACUCUAUAUACGUAUAUAUAUAUAUAUAUAUAUGUAUAUGUAUAUGUGUCUGUGUAUACUUUGUGUAGUUCCUCAGUUGUAUUCCUUAUAGAGCACAUUGGUAUAUUCCUAUAGAAAUGAGCCCGAUAUUUAAUUGCAGUUGCUUUCCAUGGCUUCCAUAUAUGUUGUUUCUAUUCAUCUAUUAGGCUAUUAUAAGUGAAGAAAGUGAAUGAGAUAAAUGAUAAAUAAGAUUAAACUUUCCCUCUCGAAUCAGCAUUUCAAAACUGCCGUUAUUUGUAGUGUUGUAAAACGUUAAAUGAAAAUCGCGCACAACCAGCCAAAAGAAAAACACAAAAAAAAAAAAACAUUUGGCAUUAAACACACUUAGGUCUAUAUAUGAAAACUGGAAAAUGAAUAUGAAAAUUGCAACUGAAAAUGUAACGAAUAUGCAUGAAAUGAUCAUCAGGCUAAAUGAUGAUGACGUAAUUAACUGUAGUUAAACUAAACAUUGUAGCAACUAAAUAAGAAAGAGAUGAAACAAGUUAAGAAAUCACCCACAAAAAAAAAAAAAAAGAAAAACAUUUUAUAUAGCAAUGAACACACACAUUCACACUCACACACACACAUACACACACCUACACCUACCUUUUAUGUUGCUCUUUUUAAAUAUCAGCGUGUGAUUAGAGUUUACGAAGGUAUGUCUAAAUGAAGCAUAACAUAUUACAUACAAAUGAAACACUGCCAACAACAACAACAACAUUAAGAAGAAGAAUCGAAAACAAUUGUUAAACAAUAAUGAGAAUUUGCCCCUCAAUUCAUUUGGAUCAUCAUUCACAUUGUUCCUGAAGUUUUGUUAGAGUGUUCAAAGCAGAAAUUAUGAAAACACGUACAGCUGGAGAGCUUAGUAUAUAUGUAUGAGUGUACAUAUAUAUUAGGUGCUCCGAUAAGCGUUCAUAAUAUCUGUGCUAAACCAAACACACAUUAAAAAAAAUAAAUAAAUAAAUAAAUAAAAAUAAAAACAUUUUCAAUCAACUAUAGCCCCGUGCUAUAGCUAGAGUAAUUCCGUUAAGCUGUCAUAGCUAAUCAGCUAUCGCGUAACGCUCGUCGUCUGAUUGUGAUGAAUUAUGCCCUGACUACGGCACUACAUUUGGCACACAUAUAGUCGCUCUCUGCUCUAUAUAGAUAAACACACGACCAGAACAGAAAAGAACAGAACAGAAGUGUGUGUGCAUCAAAUCGAAUUGAUAAUUGAUUACAAAAAAUUGAUAAUAAAUACAACAACAAAGAAAGUUAGCAGAGAAAUAAAACAAACAAAACAAAAA